ACUUUAGCGUUCCCUUACAAUUCUUUCCCAGACUCCUCACUGACCAGUUUCAAAAUGGCCGGUAGAUCAGUAAUAGUCAUUGCGUAAUCAUCUCAAGGCGGUUGCUCAACCCAGCAAUUUCAUUACCUCAUUUCUCGGGUGUGCUAUCGGCGAAAUUUUGCGUGAAGGUUGAAGGCCAAUUUCAUCGGAGAUGAAGCUUCUUCGUGUUUGUGUUAUUGGCGCUGGAGGCGCUGGUCUGGCAAUUGCUCGUCAUCUUACAAGUCAGGUGGAUAUUUUCAACGUGUCUGUGUUCGAGCAAGCUUCUUCUUUGGGAGGAACGUGGGUCUUCAAUGAAGACACUGGUACAGACGAACGCGGUCUUCCCAUUUACUCUAGCAUGUACAGAAACCUCAGGUAAGAAAGUAAUUAAUUUUUCUUUCAUGUUGAACUUAUGAAUAUGUUUUAUUACACAUAGGCUGGUGAAAGUGAGAUGUUUUAAUUUUCAUAGUUCCUUAGGCUAGAAGAUUCUGAAGAUUGAUUGUUGCAUAGUAUCCCAGAGUGUAGAGUUCUUUCGCUCUCAAAGUCAGCAUGCAAGUGAGAUGUUUUAAUUUUCAUUGUCCCUUAGGCUAGAAGAUUCUGGAGAUUGAUUGUUGCAUAGUAUCCCAGAGUGUAGAGUUCUUUUGCUCUCAAAGUCAGCACAAAAUAAUGAUUGUUAGGAACUAAUGUAUGGAAGUUAAAUACGUCACAACACUUAUUUUGCCUAUUGAAAAGCUAUAAUUAAGUUCUCAAGUUAAUGCAUUCCUCCUUGAAAAGACAACCCUUCAGUUAGCCAAAAUUUGAAAAAUAAGGGUACCCUCUUGAACAAAAAACCUCCCCCCUACUUCCUUUUCCUUUACUACUGAUUAUGUUUGCCAAAUUACCUUGCAUGAUUGAUUGUGAUCAGCAUUAUAUAUUACAGUAGUUUCCAAUGAAGUGUCAGAAGUAGUCCAAGACUGCUUUGUUUUGCUUUACUUUGCUUUUGCCAAACUGAAACCAAUUGUGGCUUGGUCCCUUGCAUUUCCAGUACUUAAGAUUGGCUAUAAACUUCCUUCCGUCUGAUUAUCUUUUGUGAUUUCUGUGGUUUUCAUUUUACAACACUUGAUCGAGAAGAACUAUAACAGGUACCAUAGCUGAGCCACAGAGCAUUAGAGCAUGGAGUCCAUGGGUCUGGGUUCCACCUCUUUUUGGGGACUUAGAAUUUUUCUUUGUCUAGCACCUGUGACAUGGAGAAUAACAUGUUUUAAUUUUGGUGACAAAGCUCAAAAUUUAUAUCAUUUUGUAUUUUGUUUACUCAUUGUUGCUUUUGACUUAGCUGAUACCAGCUGUGUGCUGGACAUGUGUUAAUUAACCUCAUAACUCCCCAUAGAGUUCUCUCCAGCUCAAUGGUAGGGCAGUAGAGUGUGGAAUCCCAAGCUCUUAAGUUUGAUUCCUCAUUAAGUCUCAGAAUUGUUUUCUUUGUUCCACACACAAGACAAAAAAAUUUACACCUUUCUUUAUUUUAUGACUAGGCUUGAGAUUUAUUAUCUGUUAUGUUCCGUGUAACUUGUCUUUUACUUGUUUUCAGGCCUAUAGCAUAUAUAACUUGACUGAAUUCACAUCUUUAUUAAUCAUUUAGUUAAGCAAACCACAAAUGCAAUAUUUUUGUCUUACUGAGAAGUUAGUUUAGCAAGAAAUUCAGAAAACAAAUAGCUAAUUUAAAUCUGCUCAUUUAUUUAUUACAAUUGUGUUUUUCAGGACUAAUCUCCCAAAAGAAGUAAUGGCCUUUCCUGAUUUUCCUUUUCCCUCAGAAUGGAGAUCUUUCAUUAGUCAUCAACAAGUUCUCAAAUACCUUGAAGACUAUGCCAGUCAUUUCAAUUUAUACAAAUAUAUAAGUUUUGACUCUACCAUUACCAGUGUGCAUCCAAUCACAAAUGAAGACAGUCACAAUCCUCAGUGGGAAGUUGUCAUAACAAAUGCAAAUACUAAAGAAUCCAAGAGUUGCAUAUUUGAAGCUGUGGUGGUGUGUUCUGGGUAAGUUCAAUGAUGUCCUAACCCUUUUUAACUCCCAGAAAUGAUAAAUAUGUAUCUUCUCCCCAUAAGGUCCUUACAUUAUCCAUCAAACAGGUAUGGAGAAUACUCAAACUUGUCAGGUAGAAGUUGUUAUCUUGAGCCAAUACCAAGUACUUGUAACUAAUUUACAAGGAAAUCUGUAGCAGCUAGAGGGGAAAAUAAGCCAUGAGAUCUUGAGAGUUAGAGAGUUUAGACAUGGAAUAACUAAAUUAAAUAUGUGUUAUUUUCUUUAACAAAAGUGGUUGGACACUAGUCAUGAUCUGUUUUACCUGGUUUCUGGUUUGUACUAUCUUCUUUUGAUAUAACAUAUAAGAUUUUUAGCCUCCUGGAAUUUUUCUUCACUAUUUCAUAACCAAAAACAAGAGGCUUAGAUUGAUGUUUAGCUUAAAAAAAACUGUCUAGGGUUGAACUAGUUAAGGGCAUUUUUGACUGGAAACUUUUCUGUUAUCAUAAUGUACUAAAAAAUGUUAAAGUCAGAAUUUAUUUUUUGAAUUUGGAAUGUUUUGGAUGUUCUUUGGAUCUAAUGGUUCAUGUGUUGAGUUGCCUUUUGCUGAACUCUCACCAGUAACAUUCCUUUCAUACUCAUUAGAACAGAUUAAUCCAGGGCAAUGUUAACUUUUGUGACAGACACUUUUUAUGUUAUGAAAAGCCUUAUAAUAUAUAAUGACCUGUGGAAAAGGAUAAAACUUUAAUGAGGUCCCCUGGGAGAAGAUCAAUACAAAUCACAAAUGAAAUAUUUGAGAAAGGGGAUAAAUUUUUCAAGAUGCAUGAAUUGUGACAUAUACUUCUGCAAUCAUCCUCUAACAACUUCCAUAUAAUGUUUGGUUCCAGGCAUUUUUUUGAUCCUCUUAUACCAAGUAUUCCUGGACUGGAGUAUUUUGGUGGACUGGUGAUGCACAGUCAUGAUUAUCGUGAUCCUCAUCCCUUCCAAGGAAAACAUGUUGUUGUUCUUGGUGCCUCAUCUUCUGGUCAAGACAUCUCCCUGGAAAUUGCUAAGAUGGCAGAAAGAGUGUAUCUUAGUCAUAAAGGACAUCUUCCUUGUAAACUGCCAGACAAUGUGGAGGAAUGCAGACCAAUGUCAUGUGUAUCAUCUGAUGGGGUGGUUCAUUUUGAUGAUGGAGAACAGAAAGAGGUGGAUGCUAUUUUAUUCUGUACUGGUUACAACUUCUCAUUCCCGUUCCUUCAGAGUGACUGUGGGGUUGAAGUGAGUGAUAACAGGGUCACACCUCUGUACAAACACGUUUUCAGUACAAAGUAUCGUACGUUGUCAUUUGUUGGGCUCUGCCUGAGGAUUUGCCCAUUUCCAGUGUUCAGCUUUCAGGCUCAAUUCAUUGCAGCUGUUUUGAGUGGAAAGACUAAAUUGCCAUCUGAAGAGGAAAUGAAUGCUGAAGAAGAACAGGAGUUCAAAGAAAAACUUGCCUCCGGUUUGAGGAAGAAAUAUGCUCACUUUCUGGGUGAGAAACAGUGGGACUAUAUGAGAUGCCUUGCACAGCUUGCUGGGGUGCAGCCCCCAAGUGAAGCUUGUGAGAAUCUUUAUAAGUUUAUUUCUAAAAGGAGAAAAGAGUUCUUAAUGGAUUAUAAAAAUGAUGAAUAUGAGUUCACUUCUAAUGGAAAAUGGAAAAAGAAAAUAGAUAUGUAAACAGUAGUGAUAAACAUACAUGUACACCAAUACUGCAGAGCUUGUAGUAAGGAGGGGGGUGGGGUCAGGGGGCUUGUUACUUUCCAGGGCUUCUUGACAGGGUAUUACAAAGUAGAGUCAGUAAAUCUUCAUAGAGAGAGUAUUUAACUUUCCUCUGAAUGAUAGCUCAGAUUAACAAUUUAUGUUUGCAAUAUGCAUUUCUUUGACUGAAACCUUUCAUGCUUGCAAGCACAAAGAUAUUUUUUGUUACCUGGCCCAAAAUUUGUUACAAUGAAAUUAUUUUUUACGGUUUUUGAUUAAAGAGAAGGAAAGGGUUUUUAUUGUUUCAUUUGCUGAAAACUCGCCCUGUAAACUCGUUUACACAUCGUUUUUCUUAAUGUGUGGGCUCUAAAGAGUUUUAGCCUGAUUUUGACUUGCUGCUGAAA